AUGGCCCCUCGCCGCCGCAAGCCCGUCGCUCCCAAGACCGCCAAGACCUCCAAGACAGCAGCAGCAAGUUCUGCCGCAACUGCCGCUCCAGCGGCAAGUACUAGCGCACCGACAGCACCGGCUCCAAGUCCUAGCCGGCCCAGGUUUCGCAAACCUUCCCAUGCACCUUGGUCGCUCUCGCCAUCGCCAGAGCCACAGGGGGGACAGAGGGACGACGACGUAGACGAGCUUGAUUCUGACAAGCCCGGCUCUUCGCCUCCUGGCCAGCCCGCCGCCCCCACUUCUCCUGCCACCGGCAAAUCGGGCACGGCAGGUGGUACGAUUACCAAGGCCCCCAAGACCCCUAAGACCCCCAAGACCCCCAAGACGCCCAAGACGCCCAAGACUGCGGCGACGGGGGCCAACCCGAUCCAGCCCGCAUCCCCAGCUGCAUCUCAACUUGCAUCUCAGUCCGGCACCAAUAUUCCUGCCAAACCCCUCGACCCUGUCCUUCCUGUUUCUGUGGGUCAGCUACCUCCCUCCCAGAAGGGCUACUAUGACUCCCUUUUCAAGUGCGGUCAAGAGUUCUUCGACAGCCACUGGGCGACUGACGAUGUAUGGCGAUCCGAAGGUGCUCUGCGUGACUACCUGACGCGCUUGGGUCAUGGCAACGAUCCCCUCACCACCGUCCAGCCAUGGUAUCAUAGCCAUGACUGGCUUUAUCCACAGGAAGCGCGGCAAUACGGGCUUGAGCGCUACAUCCCAUCCAAGCCCAUUGAGCUGCCGCUCCUGUCCGGCACUCGUAUGAUUCGCUGUCGCCCGAACAAGGUCGAGCACAGCCAGAUGGCCGACAUGACGGGAGAACCAGACCCCUCUCCACGUGCAACAUGCCACUCUGGGUGCAUUCCCGCAUUCAUUUACACGUAG